UUUAACUUCCAAACCAUGGUGCCAUAAAGCUUCGAAAAUGGAAGGUGAGGAGAUGGUGAAGUUAAGCACUUUCUGUGGCUCCAAAAUUGGAAUAUGGAGAGGCCGCAUGCUUGAUAGGGUUAUGAGAGGGGGAGUAAUGAGGAAAAUUGAUUGCAGCUUUGUUGUUUGAUCUUCCAGCCUCAAAACUCGUGAAGGGGUUUAGGGUUUCAAUCAAUUCCCCCUAGUACUAUAAAAUUGCUUUAAUUAUGAAUGGGAUUCAGAGUCUAACAAGGAGUGGAAGAUUUACGGUCCAAAAUCAUCUGAUUGAUGUCUACCAUGAAAACGAAAGGAGCCCCAGUUGUUCGACGAAGCCACCGGAAGCGAAAUCGUCGAGAAGUGGAUUGCAUCUCCGUCAAUUCGCCGGACUUCGAUUUCACCGUCCCAAAUCAGAACGCUAACCCUUCUUUGGUACUCAUAUCUUCGAGUAAUCAAGAUUCUGGGCCGCAGCUGAACAUGAAUCUUCCAUAUUAUGGUGAUCAACAAGAAGAUGACAAGAAAAAAAAGGGAGUGGUUAAUGAAGAGAAAUUUAAUACGUUGGAGGCAAACAUGGAAGCUAUUAUGGCUAGUAUUGGGUGGUUGACACAGACAAUGAUAAAGUCCAAAUGUGUCCAUAUUCUUCCCACAGAAGGAACACAGUUAGAUCCAUCUUCAUCAGUUGAACCAAUACCUGAAGCGAUAGAGAAAAUCAUGCAAAAGUUUGUUGCACCAACGGUUGAACUCCCAACACCUAUUGCUGACCUACCAACACCAAAUACUGAAAUCCAAACUGAAACCGUUGAGAUCGCACCAACAUCUACAGAAAAUCACAGUUCACUUGUUAGGAAGCUUUUCAGCCCACCUAUUACGUCACAGGACACAAAUCCAGGAAACCAAAUUACCAAUGCUGACUUUCAAUCCCCCAAAAACCUGAAAAUAGUUACCCCUCAUUAUGUUCCACCGGAAAGAGGCCUUGGUGAAGCCUGAAAUCCCUUUCUCGGAUGGAACCCGUGGUGUGCUGCAGUGCCUGAAACCAAAAGGAGAGUUGGUGACGGAUUUGCUUAACUUGCUAGCUUGCUUGUUGACCAAGAAGGAGAGGUCUUUUAAUCAAAAUCCACCCAUAUGGUUUUUCCCAACAAAUGUUUCGCAAGCUAUUUUGUCAUGGACUACAAACCCUAAUUCUAUGAAGAUUUUAAUUAAGGCAAAUUUCAUGGGGAAAGUAGACCUUCUUGAAAAGAUAUUUAUUCCUGUUAACGACGACAAUAAGCACUGGUACCUUAUAGUCCUGGACUUUAAGAAUGAGCAAGUAGUGUAUCUCGACAGCUAUCCGGAAGAAGGCAGGAUGCUUGCCAGAAUUAGGCGUACCAAACUACUGUGUAUUUAUUUGGAAGAACUUCUGCAAGACCAGUCAUUUUAUCUCAUCGAUGAUAACCCUAAGCCUAUUGUGUCUGAAUUCAAAAUGGUUAUCCCAGAAGGGCUUAUGGUUCAAAAGAAAGAUUCAAACGACUGUGGAGUUUUUGUUGCAACUUGGAUGAACCAGAUGGGGAUAAAUGGAUACAAGAUAGAGGUUGAUAACUUCACAAGAUUGAAACUUGCUGUGGACCUUGUUCUCCAUUCACAUAAUUUGCUUCAAGGAGUUAUGCUAUCAAAAUCAUUGGUGUGGAUGAAAGACAUGCGGUGAUCAACUUGAAGAUCUGAUGCAAUGAUGUCAUUCUUGAAGAUGAGGCUGGUUAUGAAGGAAACAAGUAGAUCAAUAUGAAGAUGUGAUGUUUUUUUUAUUGAGAUUGGCUUGAUGUUAUUUGUGUUGUCAACUAUAUUAAGUAUUGUGUCUGUUUGUGUUGUGACUCUAUUAUUGUUUUAGUUUCCUUUUGGACUUCUUUAGUUAUGAUUCUGUUGUCAUGCUCGUGUUGGUGCAGCAGGUGGUUAUUUUCUUGUUCUGGUUUUGGAACCUUUGAAGCUUUAUUAAUAUUUUAUGAUCUUCCAAGUUUAUUAUGACAGGAAAGAAGCUAAAUUUCUAAUA